GGGAGCGAGGCGGACUCUUCAUUCACGGUCCUGCCUUGAGGUUCUGAGAACUUCCCCCUCUAUCUGGUGUCGCUGCCCGGAGCCCGCGGGCCACAGCGAAGGGGCGGCUGCAGGGUGUGGAAGGGACCGGAAGCUCGUUGAGCCAACAUGGCCGUCCUCUCCAAGGAGUAUGGCUUCGUGGUGCUGACGGGGGCCGCCAGCUUCAUCAUGGUCGGCCAUCUGGCCUUCAAUGUGUCCAAGGCCCGCAAGAAGUACAAGGUGGAGUACCCCACCAUGUACAGCGCAGACCCCGAGAACGGACACCUGUUCAACUGCAUUCAGCGAGCCCACCAGAACACGUUGGAAGCGUAUCCGGCCUUCUUGUUUUUUCUAGCUGUUGGGGGUGUUUACCACCCGCGAGUAGCUUCCGGUUUGGGCCUGGCCUGGAUUGUCGGACGGGUUCUCUACGCCUACGGCUAUUACACAGGAGACCCUAGCAAGCGGAGCCGGGGGGCGCUGGGCUCCGUCGCCCUUCUCGGCUUACUGGGCACCACCGUGGUCUCGGCCUUCCAGCACCUCGGCUGGCUUAGACCUGGCUUGGGCAGUGAGUGCAAAUCCUGCCAUUAAAGAAUGAUAGGGUGUCUGAAAACUCUGAUUUCGUCCCGAGUGACUUUUAUUUCCAGUUACAGUUUUUCUAAAUAUAAUAAAAAUUUAUCUGGCAUCAGCCUCAUACGUAA